AAGCGGAGUGCUAUGGCGUACCGCGUGUUUAGGAAUUACUAUAAAGUGCUUCUAAAUGCACGGACAUUUUCCUUUCUGCCGAGGAUUGCAGACGGUAAGAGGUAACGUUUUACAUGGUGGUUUCAGGAAAGAAAAAAAAAAACAACCAAGGGUCCGUACCGUCAGGAGGCGUUGUGGGGGUGUGGCAAAAUGUUAGGGAGAGCGUAUCACACUUUAUGGUUGAAGAGCAGCCAGUCUCGUCCUGGCUAAGCUAGCUAGCGUGGACUGGUUCGGGUCAGAAAACAUGGCAACAUCUGAUUUACCAGGAACCAGAUAUAAAAGCACUAUCCAGUAUGCCACACGUCCAGACCUCCCCAGGCUGGCUUACAGGAAGCUUACGGGGAAGAGUCCAGGAGUGGUGUUCCUCCCUGGCUUUGCCUCCACCAUGAGCGGCCAGAAGGCAGAAGCCCUGGAAGAGUUCUGCAAGUCUCUGGGCCACUCCUAUCUCAGGUUUGACUAUACAGGCUGUGGGGCAUCUGACGGGCAGAUGGAAGAUUACAACAUUGGCGUGUGGAAGAAGGAUGUCCUGUAUGUGCUGGACAAGCUGCUGGAAGGGCCCCAGAUUCUGGUAGGCUCCAGCAUGGGCGGCUGGCUGAUGCUGCUGGCUGCUCUUGCGAGGCCAGAGAAGGUAGCGGCACUGGUUGGCAUUGCCACGGCUGCAGACCACUUUGUCGCAGCCUUCAACGCACUGCCUAUAGAGGUGAAGAAGGAGGUGGAGGAGCGUGGCUCCUGGGCCUUCCCCAGCAGGUACAGCGCCGAGGGCUUCUACCCACUGAGCUUUGCCUUCCUGCGGGAGGCGGAGAAGCACUGUGUGCUGGCUAGCCCCAUCCCCGUCACCUGUCCCGUGCGUCUCAUCCACGGCCUGCAGGACGAGGAUGUGUCCUGGCAUGUUUCCCUGCAGGUGGCCGAGCGCGUGCUAAGCACCGACGUCGAUCUCAUCCUCCGCAAGGGCGGCCACCACCGCCUGUCCGAGAAGGAAGACAUCAAACUGAUAGUGUACACCAUUGACGACCUCAUCGACAAGCUCACCACACUGGGGUGAUGAGGGUGGAACCAGGAGCCCAGAGGAACCGGUCUGGGGUCUGAGGAAGGAUGCGCUUGACAUACGAGGAUGGAGAUAUGACUGGUGACAAGGGAAGAGGGAUGGGAGUCAGCUUGUCAUGGAAAAUAAGACUGGUUGGACUGGUUGUAUCAUAUCGGAAUCAGCAGGGUCAUAUUUUAAUGUCCAAAAGAUGGAUGAUAAUUUCCAUAUAGGUGGUGGUUGUUCUGUUCUUCGGGACAAUGUUUAACACACACACACACACACACACUCUUAUAUAAACACAAAACCCUCCUCAGGCAUUUUUCUAAAUCUGCAAGGACACCAUAUAGCAAGUACAGGAAGUACUUGACAUGUACAGCAAAUAAACUUUCUUCUAGUUUCCAUUCCUUUUGUUUUAUUUUAGAUGUUAUGGUUGGAUGGCUUGAGCCCUUUAAAUAUUUUUAAGGUUUUUUUUUUUUUUUUUUUUUUUUUUUUUUUUUUUGCCACCAGUGGUUUACCUGAGUCCACCCAUAACUGCUGCUAACGUGGCUAAGAAUGAAUGGAAACCAGCGGUUGUCUUUUAGCAUAAUCUCAUUUCUACAAUGAGAAUGAUUAAGGAAAAAUACUACCUGGCUCCAUGCUGGUUUGAUUCGCUUUUAGCAGCAUCAGCAUUUUGGAGGGUAAAUUGACGUCAUACUGUGCAUGCAGUCAGUUCACUGUCCCCCACCACUUGGAUUGAACCACUAAUCUUGCUAAUGCACUGAUCUAAGUAGUUUUGUAGGCUUGCGAUUGUUGCCUGAAGAAGGAGAGGUGGGUGACCGAACACUGCCCGAAAGCCUGUGAAUUGUAGCUGAAAGCUAGCUGUUCCACAGAGUGAUGGUACAAGGUCAUACUCCCUGGAUCAUUCUUCUGACCCUCUUAUUAAUCUAAUCUCCCCAGCUCUCUGUUGGCCUCCCAUAAGAUUCACUUGCUGUCCAUGUGUAUCCAUUAUCUAUGGUUCUACGUGUGUAUCUAGAACAUUCUCUAUGGUUCUGUGCAUGUAUCUAGAAAAUACUCUGUGGUUUGUUGUGAGUGUACCCUGCCUGCAGGAGCCCUCUAGGAGCUCUUUCUACUAGUCCUUCCUUACCGAUUGCCCAUAUAAACAUUCAGCAUUGAUCUUUGCUGUAGGAUGUCCAUGGCUUAUUUGCAGUGCCCUUGUCUGUGUUCAGAUGUGCAGAUUCACACUGCUGUCCACACGAAAGCUGCAUCUGUGUGGCACUUCCAAAUUGUGUGUGUGUGUGUUUGUUUGUUUGUUUAUAUAAUAUUUAGAUUUAUUACACACCUGCCACUAUUUUCCCUAUUUUUGUUGCUAGUAGAGUUCCAGCCUCUUUUUGCACAUUUUUUCCUGAAUUUCCUACAAUUUCCACCACCCUCUCCUUCACAUUUUUUGGAACUCUCUUUUCUCAUUAUACAUUUUUUUCUGGCCAUUAAAAAAGUAUAAAGUGUAUAUUCCGUGUUUAAAAUAUUGUGCAUAUGUAUAUCACUUGUACAUAAAGGAGAUUUUUCAAUAAAAUGCAAAAAAUGGU